AGGUGCACUUUGGAGAGCACUUUGGUGGUCUGCUGCGGCAAUACCAAAUCCAGGUGCAUGACUGUACACGGAUCUACUGCAUCUUUUUCAUAGAGGGAAGUGUCACCAUCAUGGGCCAAGAUUUGCUGCUGGGUAACAGUCUUCGAAACCCCUUGGCAUUGAAAACCUAAAAUGGGGAGAAGACUGUCUGCAGAGCUACAAGCUGAGCUCUAAUCAUUAAGAGGAAUCCCUUCUUCUUUUCCCACUCACAUUUGGCCUGCUUACCCUUCAAUUACAGCUCUUCCAGUCUGAAUUUGAACUGCUGCUUUCUCUGCUCACCUCUUUAUUAUUUUCAUUUUUCUACUGAGGUGAAAUCAAACCCUUCUAUUCCAAAUCAUGGCCAGUCCAUUCUGUUUGUCCUUCCUAUCCCCCUCCAUGUUUCUUUCUCUCCUAUUUCCAGCACUGUUACUCCUUCACCUGCCUGGUACAGUGAAAGGGGACUGCUGGCUGAUAGAGGGAGAUAAAGGUUACGUUUGGCUGGCUAUCUGUAGUCAGAACCAGCCUCCAUAUGAGACCAUCCCUCAGCACAUCAACAGCACGGUUCAUGACCUGAGACUGAAUGAAAACAAGCUCAAGGCAGUUCUUUUUACCUCCAUGUACCGCUUCACUAACUUAACUGACCUCAAUCUAACCAAGAAUGACAUUAGUUACAUUGAGGAUGGAGCCUUUGCUGGACAAGCCAAUCUGCAGGUUCUUCAGCUAGGCUACAACAAACUAACCAACCUGACAGAAGGCAUGUUGAGAGGUUUAGGUCGGAUGCAGUGCCUCUUCUUACAACACAACCUCAUUGAGGUCAUUGCCACCAAUGCCUUCUGGGAGUGCCCUAACCUCAGUAGCCUGGACUUAUCUUCUAAUAAGCUGGCUCGUCUUGACCCAUCGACCUUUACUGUCCUCAGCAGGCUCAUGGUCUGUGAAUUGGGAGGCAAUCCGUUCCACUGUGGCUGUGAUCUCUACAGUUUUCUUACUUGGCUGGAGGAAUUUAACAAUGUCACCCACACCUAUGAUCGUCUCCAGUGUGAAACUCCACCAGAAAUGAAUGGCUAUCCACUACUGAGCCCAUUGCCUGGGCAUGGCAGAAACGCUCGUUACAUUCUUCUAUCUGUCUGCCGUGAUGGGGUAAUUAUUCCAGGGAUGACUUCCCAAAUGCCAGACCAAGAUGGCUCAGGCUUGGGUUUGGAUAAUUCAGACCAAGGUCUGUAUCAUCAACCAACCAUUUCAUCCACUGCUGACCUCAGCUAUAAAAAACAGAUUUCUUUGGAGCUCGAUACAGUUACAUCCUUUUCUGCAUCUCUGAAAGUUCAGAUUCCAGAGCCACAUAGUAAGAUGUACAUUUUGUCUCAGUAUAACCAAACCUAUGCUGAAGACAUCAAGCCCCUUAAAAAAAAUAAGGAGAUUGUAACUUUGGACAAGUUGAAACCACACACCAAUUACACAGUCUGUGUGGUCUCUGCAAGGAAAUCUCAGCGCUACAACCAUACUUGUUUGCCAUUUACCACAAAAACUAAGGGGCCAGAGGACCAGCGAGCUAAUCCAUCCACUACAACCCACUACAUCAUGACCAUCUUGGGAUGCUUGUUUGGCAUGGUCAUUGUGCUUGGAUUUGUUUAUUACUGCCUUAGAAGACGACGCAUUCAGGAAGAAAAAGAAAAAGCUAUAAGUGUGAAGAAAACCAUUUUGAAAAUGAGAUACGGUCCAGAGGCAGCUGCUGCAGUAGCCAAUGACCCAGAGGCUAUUCAACGUCUGCAAGAGCAAGCUAACCACCAUCAUCGCCAUUUGGGAGGAGCAGGAGGUAAACUACCACCAUCUGCUUCUUCUAGCACUGGGAUGCUCCAUGGAUCAACCAACACCAGCUCUUCCCGCCUUUCCACCUUACCCCAAGCGGAAAAGAUAGCCACUGCCUUCUCUGAAGGGAUUGAUGGGAAGGGCAAUUACAUGGAUGUUCGGACAACAGUAAAUGCAGUUGCAGGUAGAGAGGGACUAGUGCCUGCUGGAGGCCCAGGAGUGGGAGGGGAAGUUGAAGUGAACAUGAGGAGUGGGGCUGAAAAUGGGACAGAAGGCGGGGAUGACUCGGAUGAUGAGGGCGGCGGCUCAGGAUCAGAGAUAUCCACAAUCGCAAAGGAAGUGGAUAAAGUGAACCAGAUAAUCAACAACUGCAUUGAUGCCCUUAAGCUUGAUGCCUCAUCAAAUGCUGUGAACAUUGCAGACAGUACUAACUCUUUGUCAUCCCAACCUCCUUGCUUGCCAACCCUCCCGCGUAAUCUCUUGCCCCUUUCUCCAGGCAACGUUGGAGAUCAGAUCAUGGCAUCUUCUCCAAAGGUGAAUCUGAAGUCCCAGCCUCACCCUCUGCCUCAGUCACAUCUUCAGUCACAACUUCAGACCCAUCCUCAGCCACAUCCACAGCUACUUCAGCAGCCUCAUCCCCCUUCCAUGGCCCCAGUGCCCUUGGUUAUGCCCUUGUCUGAACGGCCCGGCAUCAGUGGUGGGGGGUUUCUCACCCCUCCCUACCGUGACCCUCCCCCAGCUAAUGCAGUGCGGCCCCUUCAGAGGCAGCUAAGUGCAGACACAGCAGUGGUGAAGAACCGAUGUGGUCCACCUACUCCAGGACUGGUCAAGAGCUCGAGAGUAUUCAGUGUGGAUCUCCCUGAACAUCGUGGUGACCCACCCAAGUACCCAACAGAGAAAAGCAGCCCUAUAGGUUGUGGUGGAGGAGGUGGUAGUGGAGGGGGUGUAGAUUGUGGAAUAGGGGGCUGUAAUGGCAAUGGGAAGGGAAAGAUAAACAGUGAUGGGUUGAGUUUAAAUGGCAGUGGCAUGGGAUGUACGAGUGGAAAUGGAGAUGGGGUUGUGGGGCCUGGACAGCAGCAACACCACUUGGAAGUUCAACCAGAUUACCACAGCUCUGAGCAUCGACACUCCUUUCCUGCCCUCUACUGUGAGGGGGGAAAUGAUUCACCCUCACCUGACCAAAAAGCUUCAUUCCUUAAACCAUUAGGGCGAGGCAAGAGGGAUGCCACAGCGGCCUACUCUCAGCUCUCACCUUCUCGUCACCACAAUUACAACUCUGGAUACUCUUCAAGUCCAGAGUAUUCCUCUGAGAGCACAUUGCGCAUCUGGGAGCGAUUUCGACCAUACAAGAAAAGCCCCAGAGAGGAAGCAUCCUUCAUAGCAGCAGGCCACGCUCUGCGUAAAAAGGUGCAGUUUGCCAAGGAUGAGGAUCUUCAUGAUAUUUUGGACUAUUGGAAGGGUGUCUCUGCCCAACAAAAGCUCUGAGCAGAAAAAUCAAAGUGGAAUUUUCUUUGGGAGAUUCUAAACAAGCAUCAAGAGCUGACUAUACAUUAAUGUAGCAUGACAGACAAAAAUGUUUCUUCAAAUGUGUCUAGUACCAUGGGUCAUUUGGCUGCUGAACCCUGAAUUAAAGAGCUAUUCUCUUUGGUUAAUAUUUAAAAUUUUGUAUUUGACGGUUUGUCUACAUUUUAAUUGGUUGUUCCCUAAAUAGGUGUUUGUCACUGAGAGAUAAUUAACAAGAAUCAAGCUGUUCACCAGCCUGCCUCAUGCUGGGCACUUUGGUCUUCACAGGCUCCACAAAACUGCUGUCUCUCUGCUAAUGAGCAAAGUUAAGUUAGUUGACAAGAAAGUCUCUUCUUCCUCAUUACUGACUCACCAGAGUCCAGCUAUCUUACUACAACAGCCCCAUUCCUGACUUAAUUCUUGGUUCUGUUUCUAUUUUGCCACUGUUCAUAACAGUCAUUCUGUGGCACCGCUUGCACCUGCUCUGCUACAGAUGCACCAUUUAGGGCGAUAAUGAGUGUGCAGGAUGAGAAAUUAGGUGCAUCAGUAUUAGAACAGCAUGAAUCAUCCUCUUUGGGGGAAGCAUUAAAUUAUACUUAUCAGGCUAAUUGUUCUCCCUGGCAAUUAGCCAGUGUAUGAGAAGGUCAGAGAGUGCCUUUGUUGAGCAUUAUUAUUGAUUUGAAAUACCUAACUACAUAUGCUCAUUGUUUGGUGGGCAUGUAGUUUCUGAAUGCUAGCAUCAGUGACUACAUGUGGGUGGGGAAGUGGGGUUUGGCCUGAGUCAUUUAUUAUUCUCAGGCUCUUUAAGAGCAAACUAUGGUAGACAACCUAUAGGUAUCAUAUAUAACAAGCCAGUUCAAGGAUGUUCAGUGUCUGUGUGCCGGGUAAAAUAUUUUAAGGGUUUUGACCAGCCAGCACAUGUAAAAAAAAGAGAAAGCAAUUUGUUGUAAAAAUAAAUUAUGAUACCUAA